UCUCCUGAUGCACACACACGCACAAUUACGCGAGCGCACACCCGCGCUCUCCCACCCCCCCUUCUCUUUCUCUCCUUUCUCCGGGGAAUUAAACCAUGUUUGGGUUCGCAACAUUCCCGUCCUCGAUGAAAUCGCGGUAUCUUUCCACGGAGUUCCUCUACAGACCGUUGGGAUUGUGACUGGCUCCAUCGCGAGCUGAAGUUUUGGACGGCAGUUUUACGCACCGGUAUAACCAGUUCUUUGCUCCUUUGGCGAAAUGCUCAGGAUUUUGUUUCCAUUGUGGGAUUACAAACUGCGUGUUUACGGCUGUUUCAAACCGCUGGCGAGUGUAGGAAUUCGCCUUCGCUCGUAAACGCCAGUGAGUUUCAACCCACUUCUUUGUCUUACACGCGCAAUAUUUUCCAUCUGGUCCAAAUACAUUCGGCGCUGAAUUAAGACUGAAAUUACACGACUUGAGGAGCGGACCUGGCUGGGAUAAGCGCCUCUCACUCGGACUGUAUCCGAUGACUCCGGGUGAAGCCCCUGAUUCCCGCGCGGAUGGAAGAUACGCGAGGGUGAUGGUAAUGUCAUUUGGCGUGGAUUUUCUCUGGAAGUAACCUUCACAGUCGAGGAUGGCUGAGCACUUCCCUCCGGGUUACACUCCAAUCCCACCCCAUGCCUAAUGGCACUGUGACCUGCGUCAAGUCUCCUCUUUUUAAGGUAGAGGAUGAUGGCAGCUGCAGGGGUCUUGACCGGUUUGGCAAAGCUAAAACGCCAGGACUCGGCACGCUCCCAGCAACGACCUGUGUCAGGUCUUGGGAACGUACCUGCAGAAGCACCUCGGAAGAGGAAACGGCGCACUGAUGUUGUCGUGGUACGAGGCCGCCUGCGGCUCUACUCUGCAUCUGGAUUCUUUCUCCUGCUGGGCUUGGUUAUUCUGGUCAUUGGGAUUGGGAUGGCAACACUGGGAUACUGGCCACAGAGUGGAAGAAAGCCUUCACCCAAAACAGCCAGAAGAGAAGAGGUGAGCACGACAACUGGAGGAGAUCCAGGUAGACCAACGCUGACAGUGACGCAGGGAGAUGUGGGGAACGCCAGCACCAGUCAGGAAGUACAAGACACUCUAUCAAAGCAGACAGGGGGCGCUUUGUCACGGUUUCUGGAAAAGCAUCUCCACUCAGAGAGGAUGAAGAUGCUCGGGCCGUUCACGAUGGGGAUCGGGAUUUUCAUCUUCAUCUGUGCCAAUGCGAUUCUUCAUGAGAACAGAGACAGAGAAACAAAGAUCAUCCACAUGAGAGACAUGUACUCAACCGUCAUUGACAUACAUCGGCUCAGACAGCGAGAGCAGAAGCAACUUCUGCACAGCAGCGCUUAUGCCAGGGAGGGCUACGCUGCUGAUAACCUGGGGCCAGUGCGAUCACCAAGCAACACUGUCCUUGGCUUCUCCUCUUGGGCUGGGGGGAGCAUGGCUGGGUCCACUGAGGAGGAGGAGGUGCUGCUGGCUGAGGAGGAGUUACCGAGGAGAAAAGAGCAAGUCCAACUGGAUUGUAGUUUCUCGGGACUUCUCGCGCCCCUUUACAAGGAUCGCCCAGGGUUUAGCCAUUCGGAUUCUAUACCGCACAAGUGGUGUGUGGACCGGGACGGGGAGACGGGCGGGCACCAUGCGCGCUCCAUCGUCUCCUCCUCCAUAUCUGCGUUCACGCUCCCCGUGAUUAAACUAAACAACUGUGUGAUUGACGAACCCGAGAUGGAGGCCAUCACUGAGGAGGAAAGAGGACUGAGGAGAGACGACCGGUCACAACCGCUGAGCUCCAUGGAGUCCUUGGCGGUGCCGGUGGCUACAGUUGCCAAGGCCUCAAAGCCCCCAGGCCUACACCGGAGCAACUCCGCCUCCUCUUCGUCGCACUGUUCCUCUCUCUCCUCGUCCUCCCUGCCCCCUGUACCGUCCUCUACCUCAGGAUGUUGGCUCUCACCAGGAACAGCGAGGAGCGACUUUGGCUCCAACUCCUCUCUGCACAUGCUCAGCAGCCAUUCCAAAUCUCUAGACCUGGAGCGCCGGCCGAGCAUGCUCAGUGUGCAUGCAGAGCAGCGCAAACACCCGAGCUGGCCUCGCCUGGACCGUAGCAACAGCAGCUGCAGCAACAGUGGCCUACGAGGAAGCAGCAGAGGCUACAUGCGGUUGGAGGACCGAGAGGAGCAGGCGGAGGACUUGUUGGAUGCCUCACUGUCAGCGAGACGGGAUUACAGCAAGCGCGAAAAGCUGCUGAUGAUUUCAAGGUCUCAUAAUAAUCUCAGUUUUGAGCAUGAUGAGUUCAACAGCAGCACACUAAAGAGAGGAAGCUCUGAAACCCGGUUCUGAAAAGCUGACAGGAACAUUGAAAUGAAGUCUGUCCUCUGCUCUCCAAGUGUAUCUGGGAGGAAGUUAACUGCUAAGCAGGCGGGAAAAAAUGCCUUCAUCCGUACGGAGAGGAAGCUUCGCCAGUCUCAGGCAGGAGAAUAGAGGUUGAUUUGUGGAGUGAAGUUUAGAAUUCAUGACAGCGAGACAGCGCGCUAAACUCACUGAUCCAGAAGUGUUUUAUCUCAGGUAAGUGAGGAGAUCAGGCCUGUACAGGAUGUAUGACAGGAAGCUCAGAUACCCUUCAGUGUGAUCCUGAUCCGAUGACAGAUCCUGUCUCAGGGUUGUCUCGAAAAGGUCAUGCAGGAUGCCACAGACGGUCUUAAAAUAGAGAUGGAAAAGGGUGAAAGAUAUGAAUCAGAAGUUGUAGAUGACUUAGCCAGGAACAUCAGUCAGAUGUGACAGCUUGAGCUUAACUUUUUUGAGGCACCAUUAGUGGAGUCUGAUGGAUUCAUUUUGACAUGGAUUGAAGAUGGAUUCUAAGCAAAUAGGCCAUGUAUUUUGUGGCAACGAGUGUUUUAAAUAGACGCAACCAAAAGACGGAUAUUAUUUCCUCACUCAAACAAGAGAUCCUAAGUGCUUCGGGAAGACUUGUGCAAGCAGCUGCCUUGCUACUUAGCGAUGGGAGGAGACUGGUGGGCUGACCCCAAAACAGAUUCUGAGCUGGCUGACAAGGCAACAAGAUGUUGAUGUAACGCCUAUGUAUGCUCAUGUAUGUGUGUUAGUUGUGUGUCUAGUCACUAAAUCAAGAAAAAGGUCCAUUAUAUGAACACAAAAUAUUGCAUUUUAUGGGAAAUGUACAACCAAUAUAUGGAUAAUAUUGAUAACAGAAGGAGGGAAGUGAUAUCUAAUGUUCAAUAUCAUCGACAACAAUUGUCAUAUUAGGGUCUUUAGCCAUAUGCAAGGACAGUUGCUUUUGUGACACAUACAGUGUGAAUGAUGACCUCUCAUGUACAGGUAUUUAUUUAGACUUCCUGUGAAUUGUUUGUUCACAUUACAGGUUUUUCUUUUGAUGUACUACUUAAAGAUAGCUGAAAUAUUUUAGAACAUCAUCAUAACAAGUAAGGGUUUUGUAGAGUUCACUGCUACCGAAGUACACAUCAGAGAACCUGUCGUCUUAUAAGUGGAAGAUUCACAGCAUAAAAGGCUGGAGUGAGCCUCAAGAUUUAACAUGACAACAGCCUGUAACGGGAAGACAGACUUCUGUUUACGACACAGUUGAGAGUGUUUGGACUGUCACGAGAAUAUACUGGUGGAUUUCAAAUAAAACUGUGCUGCCUUGGAUUUUUCUUGGUGAAGCUCCGGCAUCAUUCCUGUUUUGAUAAGGAGGGAUCGAUUCAUACUUGAGCUGUACAGUGGAUUCCCUUGCUUCCGUAAAGACGGUCGAGACUCAACAGCAAGGCUUAAUCAGAUCAGAUCCCAGAAAAUGUAUUUAAAUCGCUUCACAAAUAAAAAUGGAUUUUGAAUGAAACGAAUCAGUGUUGACAAAAUUCACCUCCGUGAUCUUGUGCGUCGCUUUUAAUAAGCCUUGGAAGCAGCGUCUGUAGGA